AUGGCAGCUUAUAGUGCUGUAAUUUCUCUUCUUCGAACUAUUGACCAACGAAACAUUCUAGAACUCUUUCAUGGUCACACAGCUGAAACCGUCGAUUCUAUUCGUGCUACUGCUGAAUAUUUUCAAGGAGUUCUUGAAAAUACUAGCAAUAAGAGUGGGGUUGACCUUGGAAAAAUCAAAUCUGUGGAGGAAAAAAUUAGAGUUGCUGCUAAUUAUGCAGAAGAUGUUGUUGAGCUGAAGAUUUCUCAAAUCAUCAAAGGUAUAAGUUGGACAUUUAGAAUUUUACAACACGAGGAUUUGCUACCAGUGGUUGAAAAAAUGGAUGCAACAAAGAAACAAGUGGUGGUGGAGAUUCUUGCUCAUGAUGUUGAUAAAGUUCUUGAGUUGUCUUCUGGGGAUCCCUUGGUUGGCACUUCUUCUGCAAGUGAUCCAACGUUGUCAGAGUUGGAAGAGGAUAUUGUGCACGGGAUUGAUGAUGACUUGGAGAUCAUAGUUAAGCUAUUGACAGGACGAUUGUCGGAUCUAGACAUUGUCACCAUAUCAGGCAUGGGUGGCAUUGGCAAAACAACACUCGCUAGAAAAGCUUAUGAUCAUUCCGCAAUCAGGUAUCAUUUCGACAUUCUUCAUUGGGUUACAAUAUCUCAAGAAUUUAGAGGUAGAAAUGUAAUGUUAGAAGCUAUACGUUGCAUUUCAAUGCAAAGAAAUAAUGUCAAUGAAAAUGAUUAUGAUAAGAUGGAUAAGAGUGAGUUAGCCAACCUAGUGCAAAAGAACCUAAAGGGUCCAAGAUACCUUGUUGUUGUCGAUGAUAUUUGGAGUAGGGACGUUUGGGAUAACAUAAGAGGAAUAUUUCCUAAUUUCAACAAUAGGAGUCGAAUCUUAUUGACUACUAGGGAAACUGAGGUAGCGAUGUAUGCAAAUACUAGUAUCCCUCAUAAGUUGAAUCUUUUAAAUUUAGAAAACGGUUGGAAGUUACUUGAUAAGGCGUUUGGAUCAAAACAUGAUCAUCCUCUUGCAUUGGAAGAAAUUGGAAAGGAGAUAGUACAAAAAUGCCAAGGACUACCCUUAACAAUUUCAGUGAUUGCGGGCCAUCUUUCUAAAACGGCCAGGACAUUAGAAAGUUGGAAGGAUGUUGCCCGAACCUUAAGUAAAAUCAUUGCCAACCAUCCAGAUAACUGCUUAGGAGUGCUAGGUUUCAGUUACCACUACUUGCCUAAUCACCUCAAACCAUGUUUUCUUUCUAUGAGUAGUUUCCCGGAGGACUUUCAGGUUGAGACUUGGAGAUUGAACCAAUUAUGGAUUGCAGAUGGUUUCAUAAGGACGUUUGGAAGUCGUAAAAGCUUGGAGGAAGUAGCAAUAGAUUAUUUGGAGGACCUUAUUGGCAGGAACUUGAUACAGGCUAGAAAAAGGAAAUUCAAUGGUGAGAUAAAAGCAUGUGGAAUGCAUGAUCUAGUGCAUGAGUUCAGUUUGAUAGAAGCUGAAAUGAUAAAGCAUAUGCAUGUUAAGAGAACUUUCCCUCCUCUUCAAGAACAAAAGCCUAAUGUUCGUCGCAUCGGCUUUCAAACACAAUUUUAUUAUAUCAUUGAUGAUGGUUAUAAGCUAUUUUCCCCUUCUUCCAGAUCUAUCUACUUAUUUUCUUUUUGGAAUCUACCUUACUCGCCCCAUGUUAAGCUUCUUGGGAUAUUGCCCAUCUACCGUCAUAAUCCUAUAUUACAUGAAUUUUUCUCUCAUUUCAACCUUCUUAGGGUAUUGGCUAUCUUCAAUAUAGAUUCUGGAUUUGAGUCAUUUCCACUUGUGCUUACAAUGUUGUUUCACUUGAGAUAUCUCCAAAUUCAUUUUCAUGGCAAUAUUCUUGAAUCAAUCUCAGAGCUUCAAAAUUUGCAAACUCUUAUUUGCGAUCGUUAUCCUGCCUAUAUAACCUUACCUGAGAAGAUAUGGAUGAUGAAGAACUUGAGGUAUACAUGUCUGACGGCGGCCACUUAUUUACCGAGUCCUAGAAGCAAAUGUAUUCUAAAUAAGACUCCUGUGACAGGGAUGCCAAAUCUUGAGGAAUUUUUUGGUCUAACAUACGCCAGUUGUACAAAUGAAAUCUUUUCUCUCAUUCCAAAUUUAAAGAGAUUGACCAUUCAUGAAACUUCAGGCGAAGAAAACAUUUUCCCUGACGGUCUCAUCAAUAUGUCCAGCUUGAGAAAACUCGAAGCAUUCAAGUUUUAUGGGAGGCGUUUGGAAGACCACAAAUUUGCUUUUGCAACAUCACUUAGGAGGUUGUCAUUAACUUCGUGUAGUUUUUAUGCUUGGGAAGACCUAUCAUCAACUAUUAUCAGGUUGCCAAAUCUGGAAGAGCUCAAACUUAAACUCUGUCAAUUCUGGAAUAACCGAUGGAGCUUGAGGGCUAAUGACAAGGUCCAAAGCUUGAAAUUGUUGUUACUGAGCGACCUAUAUCUUGACGUUUGGGAAGCUAGCAGUGAUAACUUCCCAAAGCUAAAACGCCUUGUUCUGAAGAAUUGCGAGAACCUGCAAGAAAUUCCAUUAGAUUUUGGUGAAAUUGGUAAUUUGGGAUCAAUUGAGUUACAUGAUUGCAGCACAACUGUUGAAGAUUCUGCAAGAAAAAUUGAACAAGAACAAGAGGACAUGGGAAAUAAUUCUCUUAAGGUCCACAUCCAUAACAGCCGCAGUAACUUCUAA